AGUUCACAAAUUCUUAAAACACGUCAGUGGUCAUUGUUUACCGAUUAGUAUUACUUGCGUCGCAGUAAACAGUUGUUGCAUUGAAGAAGUGUACCUAUAAUAACUUCCCGAUAUUUUUCAAAAAUCGACACACAAUACUCAAAUAUUUAUUGUUCAUUUAGAGGAUUUUCUGAGCCAAUCUGCAGAAAAAUGAGUGUACUACGACUGUCGAUCGUUUUUGCAGUAUUAACUUGCAUAUGUGCCCAAAAGCCGUUUUAUGCAUCCAGCAAUAAUCAGUACCCAAGUGUCCUACCCCAAAAUCUACCACCAAGUAAUUCAGAUGUGGGGAACAGGAUUGGCGAAAACUCCACGCCUGACCCGUUCCUGGGUUCGGAAAAGCAGCCGAUAUACAACGUGGAAAAAGAACUGGUUGAUAGAAUAUCAAGCCAGUAUCCCAGAGACAAGCAGCCGUUUUGGUUUGUGAAUGCCGCACAGCUGGACAGCAUCAGGUAUCAACAGCAACCGGUGGUACAACCAGCUAUACAACCGGUGGUACAACCAGCUAUACAACCGGUGGUACAACCGGCUGUACAACCAGCUGUACUACCGGCCGUACAACCGGCUGUACAACCGACGAGGCGUCAACAAGUAAAUGUCCAACAACAACGGCGCAAUUGACAUUUUUCAUCAAGAAAAGCGUCAUGAGAGCGCUAUAUUAUAAAAUAUAUUCAUCAUAUCAUUAUAACAAAUCUUAACGUCUCUGAAUAUUAGAAACUGAUUCAGGACGUAGUAAAAUAUAAUAAUAAUAGGAUUAUAUUAUAUUGUCAAAAGAGUUUAUAACUUAUCUAGACAGUUAGGUCUAGAUUAUAUCGAUUCAUUUAUCAUUUAAUGAUGACUAAUGAUUAAUGAAUUACAAAAAAAUGAUUUCGAUUCUAGUGUAACUUAAAAUAUUUACACUCAUCCAAAUACACAGUUUCAUUGAUCAUUUUUAACUAACUAAAUAUGUAACUAACGUAAUUAGGUAAAUCUUUUUUUAAUUUAUGUGUUGUUUACAAUUUAAAAUAUAUUAUGGAACUCAACUGAUAUACACUUUUCUUUUGAAAAUACAUUUUCAAAUUAACAAAUGUUUAUUUCUCGGGAAAAAUGUAAAAUUAUCAAAUUCAAAUAAAUAUUGUGACUUUGAUUAGCUAUAAUAUAUAUAAUAAAAUAAGACAUUAGUAAAUAGGACUAAUGUCUAACAAUUUUGUAACAACAUCAUUGUAAAAGUAUUAUUUAAUAAUUUAUCUUUCUUGUAUACCUAUUAAAUAUAUUUAGUAUUUAAUUUUUUACCUCAAGUAAUAAAUUAUAUUGUUUUA